GUGCUGCAGCUGCGGGCGGCUCCAGCUGCCCCCAGAUGUGGGCUGGGCGGCGCGCGGGGAACUUUCGCGCCGGCAGCGAGUGCGGGGCCCGGGCUGCGGUCCUGCUGCCAUGGAUCCGCCGGCGGGAGCCGCUCGCCGCCUGCUCUGCCCCGCGCUGCUGCUGCCGCCGCUGCUGCUGCUGCUGCUGCCGCCGCUCCUGCUGCCGCCGCCGCCCGCGGACGCCCGGCUCGCCGCCGCCGCCGACCCCCCAGGCGCGCCCCUGGGGCACGGAGCGGAGCGCAUCCUGGCGGUGCCGGUGCGCACUGACGCCCAGGGCCGCUUGGUGUCCCACGUGGUGUCAGCGGCGUCGGCCCAGGCGGGGGUUCGGGCCCGCAGGGCCGCCCCUGUCCAGACCCCAGGCUUACCUGGAGACAACGAGGAGGACCCCGGCGGCCGCCUCUUCUACAAUGUCACGGUCUUCGGCCGAGACCUGCACCUGCGGCUGCGACCCAAUGCCCGCCUCGUGGCGCCCGGCGCCACGGUGGAAUGGCAAGGCGAGUCGGGCGCCACCCGCGUGGAGCCCCUGCUUGGGACCUGCCUCUACGUCGGAGACGUGGCGGGCCUGGCUGAAGCCUCCUCCGUGGCGCUCAGCAACUGCGACGGGCUGGCUGGCCUGAUCCGUAUGGAGGAGGAGGAGUUCUUCAUCGAGCCCCUGGAGAAGGGGCUGGCAGCCAAGGAGGCUGAGCAGGGCCGUGUGCACGUUGUGUAUCGCCGGCCACCCACCCCGAGGCCCCCUCCUCUGGGGGGGCCACAGGUCCUAGACAUAGGGGCCCUGCCAGGCAGCCUGGAUAACCUCAGCCGUGCCCUGGGUGUCCUGGAGGAGAGUGUCAAUGGCUCGAGGCGCAGGGCGCGAAGGCAUGCCACUGACGGCGACUACAACAUCGAGGUCCUGCUGGGCGUGGACGACUCUGUGGUCCAGUUCCACGGGAAGGAGCACGUGCAAAAGUACCUGCUCACGCUCAUGAACAUUGUCAACGAAAUCUAUCAUGACGAGUCCUUGGGGGCCCACAUCAAUGUCGUCCUGGUGCGGAUAAUCCUGCUGAGCUACGGGAAGUCCAUGAGCCUCAUUGAGAUCGGAAACCCCUCUCAGAGCCUGGAGAACGUCUGCCGCUGGGCUUACCUCCAGCAGAAGCCAGACACAGGUCACGUUGAGUACCAUGAUCACGCCAUCUUCCUCACGCGGCAGGACUUCGGGCCUUCGGGCAUGCAAGGCUAUGCUCCUGUCACUGGGAUGUGCCACCCCGUCCGCAGCUGCACCCUGAACCACGAGGAUGGCUUCUCCUCAGCAUUCGUGGUGGCCCACGAGACCGGCCACGUGCUGGGCAUGGAGCACGAUGGGCAGGGCAACCGCUGUGGCGACGAGGUGCGGCUGGGCAGCAUCAUGGCGCCCCUGGUGCAGGCCGCCUUCCACCGCUUCCACUGGUCCCGCUGCAGCCAGCAGGAGCUGAGCCGCUACCUGCACUCCUAUGACUGCCUGCGGGACGACCCCUUUGCCCACGACUGGCCGGCGCUGCCCCAGCUUCCAGGGCUGCACUACUCCAUGAACGAGCAGUGCCGCUUCGACUUCGGCCUGGGCUACAUGAUGUGCACGGCGUUCCGGACCUUCGACCCCUGCAAGCAGCUGUGGUGCAGCCACCCUGACAACCCUUACUUUUGCAAGACCAAGAAGGGGCCCCCCUUGGACGGGACCAUGUGUGCACCCGGCAAGCACUGCUUUAAAGGACACUGCAUCUGGCUGACGCCUGACAUCCUCAAACGAGAUGGCAACUGGGGUGCCUGGAGUCCGUUUGGCUCCUGCUCGCGCACCUGCGGCACAGGUGUGAAGUUCAGGACCCGCCAGUGUGACAACCCACACCCGGCCAAUGGGGGCCGCACCUGCUCCGGCCUUGGCUACGAUUUCCAGCUCUGCAACUCCCAGGACUGUCCCGAUGCCCUGGCUGACUUCCGUGAGGAGCAGUGCCGGCAGUGGGACCUGUACUUCGAGCACGGCAAUGCCCAGCACCACUGGCUUCCCCACGAGCACCGGGACGCCAAGGAGAGAUGCCACCUCUACUGCGAGUCCAAGGAGACUGGGGAGGUGGUGUCUAUGAAGCGCAUGGUGCACGAUGGGACUCGCUGCUCUUAUAAGGACGCCUUCAGCCUCUGUGUGCGCGGGGAGUGCAGGAAGGUGGGCUGCGAUGGAGUAAUCGGCUCCAGCAAGCAGGAGGACAAGUGCGGCGUGUGUGGAGGGGACAACACCCACUGCAAAGUGGUCAAGGGCACAUUCACACGCUCCCCCAAGAAGCUUGGUUACAUCAAGAUGUUUGAGAUCCCGGCAGGAGCCAGACACCUGCUAAUCCAGGAGGCAGAUAGCACCAGCCACCACCUGGCCGUCAAGAACCUGGAGACAGGCAAGUUCAUUUUAAAUGAAGAGAAUGACGUGGACCCCAAUUCCAAAUCCUUCAUUGCUAUGGGCGUGGAGUGGGAGUACCGCGGUGAGGACGGCCGGGAGACGCUGCAGACCAUGGGCCCCCUUCACGGCACCAUCACUGUGUUGGUCAUCCCGCAGGGAGACGCCCGGGUCUCGCUGACGUACAAGUACAUGAUCCAUGAGGACUCGCUCAAUGUGGACGGCAACAACGUCCUGGAGGACGACUCUGUGGGCUACGGCUACGAGUGGGCCCUCAAGAAGUGGACUCCUUGCUCCAAGCCCUGCGGCGGAGGCUCCCAGUUCACUAAGUAUGGCUGCCGCCGGAGGCUGGACCACAAGAUGGUGCACCGAGGCUUCUGCGACGCCCUCACGAAGCCCAAAGCCAUCCGCCGGGCUUGCAACCCACAGGAGUGCUCCCAGCCAGUGUGGGUCACAGGUGAAUGGGAGCCUUGUAGCCAGAGCUGCGGGCGGACGGGCACGCAGGCUCGCUCUGUGCGCUGCGUACAGCCCCUGCACAACAACACCACCCGCUCCGUGCACACCAAGCACUGCAACGACGCCCGGCCCGAGGGUCGCCGGGCCUGCAACCGUGAGCUCUGCCCCGGGCGGUGGCGGGCUGGACCCUGGUCCCAGUGCUCAGUGACCUGUGGCAAUGGCACCCAGGAGCGGCCCGUGCUCUGCCGAACCGCGGAUGACAGCUUCGGGAUCUGCCGGGAGGAGAGGCCCGAGACAGCCAGGAUCUGCAGGCUGGGCCCCUGUCCCAGAAACAUCUCCGAUCCUUCCAAGAAGAGCUACGUGGUUCAGUGGCUGUCCCGACCAGACCCCGACUCACCAGUCCAGAAGACCUCGUCAAAGAGCCGCUGCCAGGGCGACAAGUCAAUGUUCUGUAGGAUGGAAGUCUUGUCUCGCUAUUGCUCCAUCCCAGGCUACCAGAAGCUGUGCUGCAAGUCUUGUAACCUGCACGACAACCUCACCGAGGUGGACGACGGGGCCGAGCCACCACCUGGGAAGCUCAACGACAUUGAAGAGCUCAUGCCCACCCUCCCGGUGCCCACCCUCGUCAUGGAGGUGCAGCCUGGGCCAGGCACGCCCUCACGGGUGCCCCUCAAUGCCUCCAGCACCAACAGCACCGAGGACCACCCAGACACCAACGCUGUCGAUGUGCCCUACAAAAUCAGCGGCCUGGACGAGGAGGUCCAGCCACCCAACCUGAUCCCGCGACGACCGAGCCCGUACGAAAAGACCAGAAACCAGAGAAUCCAAGAGCUCAUUGAUGAGAUGAGGAAGAAAGAGAUGCUCGGGAAGUUCUAAUAAAAUGGAAAGAUAGCA